UGUAGUAGGAACGGCCACAACCCGGCGGACAGGGCGCCCUGUCCGCCAGCAGCGCGAUGUAGCUGAUGUAGUCGCCUGUGUAGCCGAGGAGUCUCCUCCUCCGAACGGACUCGGGCCAGCCUGCAGCUGCCUUCUCUUCAACCGCACCGGCCAUUUCAGCGGUGCUCCUCUGCGACUCCAAGCCAGGUGGCCACGUCUCUCCCACCGCUACUGCAUCGGGUGAGAGGCCAACAAUAGUAGAACAAAGAAGAAGAAGAAGAAAGAAAGGCAUGGAGAAAACAGCUUCCGACUUCCGUCUCUGCUCGGCCGCUUUCUUCUUCUUCGCGCCCAGCAAAAUGGCGAGAAGAGAGAGAGAGAGAGAGAGAGGAGUAAUUCGUAUUAAAGCCGCUGGUUGUGAUCGCUCGAGUCUGGCGUGCAUGCAAUGGGUUGGAGUAGAGGGAACCGGUGCGCCCUCAGGCCAUAAAUGCACUCAGACUUCUGGGAGUCAUAGCCACCCUUCGAUCUCCAUGAUCAACGGGAGCGUCUACAGCAGCACGGUCAUGGACUCGGCCAGCAAAAUCGCGCCACGGUUGGGUAGGGCUGGGUAGGGUAGGCCUUAAAGCCGGCCAUUAAGAGCUUCACCAACCCAACCCUCACGAUCAAACCGCCACCAUCAUCGCCGCCGGCACCACCACGACCGGAGGACCAAACUGCUGUCACCUUUGAGGCAGCAUUAGCAAUUAGAAGACCUCCGAGAGAGAGAGAUGGGGAUGCUCCCGCGUACAAUGGAGAUAGAGUCGUAACUUCAACCAUGCUGUAUCUUCCGUACACCUGACCCUUUGCUUGCCGACGCUCUGAGAAGUGGGGCCGCUCUUCUACCGAAGCUGCCGCGAUCGAUUUCUCUCGUGCCGUUCGUUUUUCUUAAACCGCGGUUUCGUUGACACGUGUGGCGGAGAGCUCACGCAAGCGUGUGAGAGCAUCGGCGCAUGUGCUAGCGCGAAUAGCGCCACCGUCGCCGCCAUUUCCGAUUUUUGGAUCCUUCAUCCCUCUCUGGGAAUUUCCCUGACUUCACCUCCCAAGUGCCUCCUCCCGUGCAGCAGCAUCAUGCUGGUGGCACAUGUCCAUGGCUGCAUUUAGAGCCGCCUGUAAGACGCACAUCCCCUCGUCACCGGUUUCCUUCCUUCGCCGUCGAUUCCCUCUCGCAGUUCCUGCCGUCUGGCUGCUCACCAGCUUCACCCUGGGUGUGGGCCUCACAGCUCUCCAUCCAUCCUUCCCCUUCACAACGGGGUGCGCCCACUCCAACCCUCUUGUUAGAUCAAAUAUUGCCAGCCGGACUGCUCCGAGAGCUCUACAUUCAUCCGGGAUGGAAGGGAACGGCAACAUCGUGCCGAGCAUCGUGGUUUAUGUCACCGUUCCGAACAAGGAAGCAGGCAAAAAAUUAGCUGAGAGCAUAGUCAGAGAAAAGCUUGCUGCAUGUGUCAAUCGGGUCCCAGGUAUCGAAUCCAUUUAUUGGUGGCAGGGUGAGAUCCAAAGUGAUGCUGAGGAACUACUGAUAAUCAAGACCAGGGAGUCCCUUUUGGACGCUUUGACGGCACAUAUCAAAGCCAAUCAUGAGUACGAUGUCCCUGAGGUCAUCGCUCUGCCUAUCCAAGGAGGAAAUGCUCAGUAUUUGGAGUGGCUCAAAAACAGCACCAGAGAUCCUUGAUGUCUACCCUGGUGCAGGCAAAGGAUCUAAAUGAUGCAUAGUGCAUUAUGAAUAUGAAAACGGUGCUUGUAAUGACAAGCCAAGCAUGUUCUCUCGAGAUAAUUGCCAGCUACAGACAUAUAUGAGAUGGAAGGUUAUUUGCAAAGAAAAAUAAGCCGUUAUGCGUGCUUCUCUUAAGCUUCAUCCACUUGCUGUUGUUUAAAUUGAAUGCCAUAGCUGAACAGAUAAGCCUGAAUGGCUAAAAGAUUUCUGAUGAACUUUUGCCACAAAGAUUGUGGUCUCUUGUUUGAUUCUGAGCCCACUGCAUAGUGGUACAAUGUGGAGACUGGUUGUUGGUAGGGUGGGUA